GGUAGCGAGAGUGAGGACGGAGGCUGAUGUGGAGCUUGCGCAGAGCAUGGCGGACGGCUGGGAUAGUGGUGGUGGCGGUGGUGGUGGCGGCGGCCGAGAGUGUGGUCGGACAUGGGCAUAGUCACGGACACAGCCAUGGUGGAGGCGCUGGGCACGUCGAGGCGUCGGGCGGGGCCACGCGUGGAGAAGUGAGGAGGGCGGCGUUCUCGUGGAGCAAGCUGUACGCGCUGAUGCUGGUGUUCGGCGUGGCCAUGGCCGGUGGGCUGAUGGCCAUCCGCCUGCAGGCGUACAAGCACAAGGAUCUGGUGAUGGAGCUGGGCAACUCGCUGGCCGGAGGCAUCUUCCUUGCUGCGGGCAUGGUCCACAUGCUCCCGGAGGCCACUGCGGCACUGUACGACGCCUUUCCAGACCUCCCUGUUGCGCCUGCGCUCUGUUUAGCCGGCAUGCUGCUCCCGCUGUGGGUUGAGAACGUGCUCAUGGCCAGCCCGGGCUCGCACGGCCACGGAGCCGAGGGCCACGGCCACAGCCACGGCGGCGGUGGCGGACACACUCACGGCCUGGUCGAGGCACGGGCGCCCGGCGCGCCUGGCACGUCGCCCGUUGGCGCCGUCACCUCAGCCAUCGUGCCAUAUCUCAUUGCGCUGCUGCUCGGCAUCCACUCGCUCAUCGAAGGCAUUGCGCUGGGCGUGGAAAACUCUGAGGCACGGGCGUCGAUGAUUCUUCUUGCUGUGCUUUGCCACAAGGGCCUGGCUGCGUUCUCGCUCGGCGUGGCGCUUACCCGCGCCUCGGUCCCGCUCCCGCGCUUCUUCCAAGUCAUGAUCUUCUUCUCGCUCAUGACUCCGGUCGGCGGCCUGCUCGGCGCCCUUGCUUCGGCCUCGGUCGCCGACUCGCUGCAGUCCGAGCUCGCCGACCUCAUCCUUGCCUUUGCCUCGGGCACCUUUGUCUACGUCGGCCUUGUCGAGAUUGUGCUCGUCGAGGUUGAUCCGUCCAAGGCCAAUGUCGGCCUCAAGUUUACCACCGUCGUUGCCGGCGCCUGCCUCAUGACCGCCAUCGGCAUAUCUAUGCACGGCUGACUAGUCGCGUCACCGGUGGGUGCGAACCUAGCGCCAUUGCGCUUUCGCGCCUUCUUGCUCUUGACCAUGAUAAAGCCAUCAUCGUCGAC